CCGACCCCGCGCUUCCUCAGUUUCCAUAGUGAUGGACAGAAGUCAGUGGGAGAAAACGCUCACUCUUUUUCAGGCGCGUGCACGUGGACAUCUGAUCCGAGAAGAAGUCCGUCAUGCGCGAGAGAACUUCAUCGAUAUCGUGACUGAGAUCGACGGAGGUCUUGAGCAUUUAGUGUGGCGGAGCUCCGUCAUAGCCACGCCCCACUUUACUGACACGGAUGGACCUCUGCAGACCCAAAAUUAUGAUCUGGCAGCAGAGAGUCUGCUGGCUGAGGUGCGACCUGUAGAUCAGGGUCUCAAUCUGCAGAGGACAGAAGCUGAGAGAGACGACUCUCGCAUGAGCAAUGACGGAGAACUGGACUCACCAGUGGGUGGAGGGCUGAAGGAAAACAUGAGAGAUGUCUGGACCGGUACGGACCAGCACGGCCGUCCCCAGAAGGGUCCUCUGCUGGAGAACAUCCCCAGGACCCCCGAGGACCUGCAGCUCCACAAGGACGCCCUGACCAUGGAGCUGAUCUGGCUGCAGCAGGCCAUCCACAGCAGGAAGAAGUAUUUGUCUCUGAAGUCCAAACUGACCAGCUGAAGAACACUGAACACUCCAGAAUUGAUUUUCUGUUUGUGAAUAGUUAUGACUGAUGUAAAUAAAAUCUAUUUUUGUGAAC